AUGUCACCGCCGAUACCAAAUGGGCCAUGGAAAUUGUUAGCCACAGACCUGUUUGAGUGGCACAACCGUAACUAUCUCAUUGUGGCUGAUUAUUAUAGUCACUAUUCUGAGAUCAGCCUGUUACGUAAUAUCACCGCCAACAGUGUCAUCAAUCACAUGAAAUCAAUCUUUGCCCGGCACGGCAUAUGUGAAGAACUGAUAUCUGACAAUGGAAGCCAAUGCACGUCGGCAGAAUUCGAAAGAUUCGCUGCAGAAUGGGGUUUCAAGCACACCAUGAACAGCCCCUAUCAUCAUCGGUCUAACGGACUUGCUGGAAAGUAUGUCGGUAUAGCAAAACGGAUCAUGAAGAAAGCCCAGACCUUGUGGUACUGA